AUGAAGGUAGUUCUUAACUCGCAGUUGGUAUCGAAGAAGAGGCCUUUCAAGUUCUUCAACUUCCUCCUUCAGAAUCAUGAUUUCCUCUCGAUGGUUACUCUUCAGUGGCAUACUUAUCCUGUGUUUGGCUCAGCGAUGUUUAGAGUGUCAAGGAAACUUAAUCUGCUUAAAAAAGAUAUUAGAGAAUUCAGCAAAGGAAAUUAUUCGGGUAUUGAAAAGCGCACUAAAGAAGCUCAUGAAGCUCUUUGCCCGGCUCAUAAUCUCAUGCUUCUUUCUCCUUCUAUCACUAAUGCCGAAGCUGAGCUGGAGGCUAUGCAGAAAUGGGUUGUUCUCUCUCAAGCUGAAGAGGCGUUCUUCCUCCAACGUUCGAGAGUUCAAUGGACGGGAUUAGGGGACAGCGGUACUCGGUUCUUUCAUAGAAUGGUGGAAACCAGAAGGGCUUCUAACCAUAUACACUUUCUCACAGAUGAUUUAGGAGUUCGCUACGACUCACAAGACGGGAUUGAGCAGCAUUGUAUUGGCAAUUUCAAAGAUUUAUUAGGCAAGCCUAUUGCCCCGCCUUUAUUUGUUCAAUCUGGCCUGGAUCUCCUCUAUAAUUUUCACUGUUCAGCAGAGGACUCUGAGAAGUUUACUAUGCAGUUCACAGCUGAGGAAAUCAAGGCGGUGUUCUUCUCGCUUCCGAAAAAUAAAACUUGUGGUCCAGAUGGUUUCUCCCCUGAGUUCUUCACAGGUUGUUGGUCUGUCUUGGGGCCAGAAAUUACUGAGGCAGUGCUGGAGUUCUUCUCCUCAGGCUCCUUAUUAAAGAAUUGGAACGCUACUGCUCUUGUUCUCAUCCCGAAAAUUACCAAUGCUUCGAGGACCACUGACUUUAGACCGAUCUUUUGCCUCAACACUGUGUAUAAGGUUAUCUCAAAGCUGCUGAUGGCAGAAAAUGUCCUUCUUGCUACGGAUUUGGUUAAAGGCUAUAACUCUCAGGUUUCAGAACCAAGAGCAAUGCUUAAAGUUGAUAUCCGCAAAGCUUUCGACACAGUUAGAUGGGACUUCAUUAUUGCAGCUCUGCGUGCCCUCUCUAUUCCAGAGAAGUUUGUUAUGUGGAUCAGGGAAUCUCUCUACAUGGCAUCUCCGAGUGUAGAAGAUUUUGCUAGCUGGUCUGGUCUGGAAAUGAAUAAAGAAAAGACUGAGUUAUUCAUUGCUGGCCUGGAUCCUCAGGAAGCCGCCGCCAUCGCGAGGUUUGGUUUCACUACCGGUUCUCUGCCUAUUAGGUACCUCGGUCUUCCUCUCAUGUCGAGGAAACUGAAAAUAUCAGAAUAUGCUCCCCUUAUUGCUAAGAUCUCGGCUAGGUUCAAAAUGUGGGCUACUAGAACUCUCUCCUUCGCAGGCCAUCUUCAGCUCCUCUCCAAUGUCAUUACCGGCACUGUAAACUUCUGGAUGUCUUGUUUCAUCCUGCCUAAAGGCUAUAUCAAGCAAAUUGAAUCGCUCUGCAUUCGGUUUCUUUGGUCUGAUAAUAUAGAGCUGCGUAAAUCUGCUAAGGUUGCUUGGUCUACCGUCUGCCUCCCCAAGGAUGAAGGCGGUCUAGGUCUCCGUAACUUUACAGUCUGGAAUCAUGUCCUCUGCCUUCGAUUCAUUUGGCUUCUCUUCUCCGACAAACCUUCUCUUUGGGCUGAUUGGCAUCGUCAUUACAAUUUAUCUCAGGAGAGUUUUUGUGCUAUUGGAGAAACUCAACAAGACUCUUGGAUGUGGAAACGUUUGUUGAAGUUGAGACCGGCAGUCUUUAUUUUCUUGCGAGCUAACUUGGGAAAGGGCUCUAGGAUUAAGUUUUGGUAUGAUAUUUGGACUCCCCUAGGCCAACUUAUUCUUCACAUUGGCGCAAAUGGACCGAGAAACAUGAGAAUUCCCAUAAACGCCACUGUUAAUCGAGCUGCUAACGCUUCGGGCUGGUGUUUGGGAGGGUCUCGCUCUCAGCAAGAACUUGAUCUCCACAUACACCUAACUACUCUGCCGCUCCCUGACUCGUCUGUAAACAAAGAUGCCUACGUAUGGGAAGCAAAUGGCCUUGGGAGACAAAGAAAUAAUGGGCUGAGCUUAUUUGGUUCAAAGGCGUUGUUCCAAAACACGCUUUCAAUAUGUGGGUUGCGUAUGCAGACCGUCUCCCCACCAGAUCGCGGCUCGCAUCAUUGGGCAUUAACAUCCAAACUUGUUGCCCCCUUUGCUCAUCUCAUAAUGAGACCAGAGACCAUCACUCAUCUCAUAAUGAGACCAGAGACCAUCUUCUUCUUACGUGUGACUUCUCAAAGGAGAUAUGGAGGUUGUUGUUCGAACGUCUCAACCGUUCCCGUCACAGUCUUUCUUGGAUCAGAGGACCGCAAGCUUCCCCAACCGUCACUCUUCGUCGUAUCUCUGUUCAGACCAUCAUCUUUCACUUAUGGAAACAACGCAACAACGUCAUCCAUAACCAUAUAUCUCUCUCCACAGCUGAAAUCUUCCGUCUUGUUGACCGCAACGUUCGGAUCACCAUCACUGCCAAACGGAAAAGAAAGAACUUCGCUUCUCUCAUGUCUUUUUGGCUUAGAUAAUGAUCUUUCAUAG